UGCUGGCAAAUGGGGCUAGAUUUGUUUAGGACAUCUAGUCAGCAUGGACGAGUUGGACCGAAGCGUCUGUUUCCAUGCUGUACAUCUCUAUGACUCAAUAACCAACAUCUGUGGUUGAUCCCUACGAAUAUUUGAAAUUACAAAAGAUAUACAAUUGGAAGCAAAAAAAAAGUGUUUCCUUAAAGAUAAUGUAAAAUGUGUACAUUCCUAUAUAGUUUAAGUGCAAAAAUAAUAAUAUUAAUCAUGUUCAAUUGCUUAAUGGAUUAAUAAAGCACCCAGGGAUUACUGAGUUACGCAGAUCAAGAAAAUUCAAUUUUAUCUCUAAUAAACUGAUAAUAGCGAGGAAAAGGUGGUAUAUAUGCUGAUAAAUUGUAGGGAGAAAGGAGAAGUAUGCAAUAGCUGGAGGUAGAGUCUAGACAAAGAGAGAAUAGCAGUUAGGCAAAGGGAUGGAUAAUGGUGAGCCAGGGAGAAAGAAAAGCUGAUAAUAGGGACCAUUAGUAGGUGAAAGUGGGUUUGCUGUCUAUGCCAUUAGCAGGGCCUGCAGUAUGGGGGUGGGUACAUGACAUGGAAGAAGGAGUUCAGGUUCUAAAAUUAUUGAACUCCGUAUCGAUUCCUGAAGGCUGCAGGGUCCGCAAGUGGAAAAUGAGAUGUUGUUCUUCCAGCUUGCACUGACCCUCGCUGGAGCACUGCAGCAGACCUGAGAUGUUGCUGUUCUUUCUCUCUGGGCUCCUUCUCCACCUAACGCAGACUCCUUCUACCACCCCACCCCUCACUGACGCACUCCUCCCCAUUCCCCCUCUUCAGCAUAUAUGCCAAUUUUUCCUAGCUACAAUUGGUUCUGAAGAAGGGUCAAUGAGCCUGAAAUGUUAACUCCGCUUUCUCUCCACAGAUGCUGUUAGAUCUGCUGAGUUUCUCCAGAAAUGUUUGUUUUUUGUUUCAUGUUUCCGGCAUCCACAGUUCUUUGUUUUUUUUUACAGAAUCAACAUGCUGGCGUUGAUCUUUAGAAAUUAUUUAGCAUAAAUGGUUAUUAUUAUUUAAUUUUUUCCAUGAUUAGUGUUUUAAAUUGUAAAUAAAAACCUUCCUUGUCCAGUUUUAGUUUCCAAAAUGUUUUCAUAGUUUUUGAGGGAAAAGGCAAAAGAGAUUAAGUAGAAGUUAAUAUUUCUGAUCUACAGCUUAAUAGCAAUGCUUAGCCUUGCCUGUAAAGUGGAAGAUUUUGUGCUUUACUUCAUUUCUGAGAUGUAUAAAGGACAUUGGUUUAUAGGUCCAUCUUUGAAGCGAAGCCUUUCUUGUCCCUCCCCGAAAUGCCUCAGGCUCUUAUGUAAAAACAGUACUGGUAAUUUUGUAUCUUUACAUCAUUAGAAUUACAGUACCACAGUUCUGGCAGUAUUUUUGUGGAUAAAGCUGCUGGAGUUUUUUUUCCCCUGUUCUGUGCUGAAAUUUGAUCCUGGUGGUGGUCUGAUUGGACGCUUAGACUGCCUUAAACUUGCCCAGACUUCACUCACUGUUUCAUUUCAGAUUCUGCAGCUCGAGGCACAGCCUCUACUCUGAUCUCGCUCAGGAUGGGACAAAAAUGUUUCCUUUUUUUAACUAUUUUCUUUCUUCUCUUCCCUGCAAUUUUCUGCUGCCCAAGCCGGUGCCUUUGCUUCAAAACCACUGUUCGUUGUAUGCACUUGAUGCUGGAUCAUAUCCCUAAGGUAGCACCGCAGACUGUCAUCCUGGACCUGAGGUUUAACAGGAUCAGAGAAAUUCCACCAGGAGCCUUUAAGAGGCAGAAGAACCUGAACACACUAUUAUUGAACAACAACCAAAUCAAGAGAAUACCAAGAAAAACAUUUGAAGACUUGGACAACCUGAAAUACCUCUAUCUGUACAAGAACAACAUUCGUACAAUUGAUAAGCUGGCAUUUAAAGGGCUUAUGAUGCUGGAGCAGUUAUACAUUCAUUUCAACUACAUAGAGAUACUAGAGCCAGAAACCUUUAGCGAUCUUCCCAAACUGGAGAGAUUCUGCUUCAAAGAUGCUGAUGUCAGUACACCUGUCCUCCCAGCAAUUGUGGAAAAUUCAUCUCAAACAGUGUUAAUGGUACUUCUCAAGGGUCUUGAGGCAGUGUCUAUUUGUAAUCCAUGGUUUGGAACCACAUCCAAGAUUCUGAAGGAUGCCUGCAUUAUACACAAGAAUCUUGGUAUUGGCAAGGAUCAGCAUGAAUCGAGGCCACGAAUUACUUCAGAACCACGGGAUGUGGAUGUAACCUUAGGAAACACUGUUUACUUUACCUGUAGAGCUGAAGGGAAUCCCAAGCCUAAAAUUGUCUGGCUACAUAAUAACCAUGAAUUACACAUGAAAAAUGACAUUCGUCGGAAUUUACUAGAUGAUGGUACCUUGAUGAUUCAGAAUGCACAGGAAUCUGACCAAGGAACGUAUCAGUGCAUGGCCAAAAAUGAAUUGGGAGAGGCCACAACUCAAGGCGUUUUACUUCGAUACUUUGGUAGUCCAACGAAGCCCAGUUUUGUGAUUCAGCCACAGAACACUGAAGUCCUGGUCGGAUCAAGUAUCACUCUGGAAUGCAGUGCAAUUGGACAUCCCCAACCUCGAAUUACAUGGACUAAAGGAAAUGGAGAACUCCUCCCUGCCCACUCCAGGUACACCACAACACCCUCAGGUGGCCUCUUUAUUCGGAAUGUUACUCUCCAGGACCAUGGCCAGUUCAUUUGUCAUGCCAGUAAUAAUCAAGAUUCCAUCCAAUCCUCAGCAUCCAUCAUUGUACAAGCUCCCCCUAGAUUCACAGUUACACCAAAGGACCAGGAAGUUAUUGAGGGGCACACUGUGGAUUUUGACUGUGUUGCUGAAGGUAAUCCAAUUCCAGUCAUCGCUUGGACCAAAGCAGGAGGCCAGCUUCCCAAUGAUAGAAGGCAUGCUGUAUUACCCACAGGAACGCUGAGAAUUGUAGAAGUUGCUGCUCAUGAUCAGGGACAAUAUGAAUGCCAGGCGAUCAGUGUUGUACAAGUCAAACUAGUUCCAGUGCAGCUAAAAGUGCAACCCAAAGUGAUACCAGUGUUUACUGAUAUUCCUGGGGAUAUCACUGCAGAGGUUGGGCAAGAUGUAAAGAUACCCUGCAGUGCUCAGGGAGAACCACAUCCCAUAAUCACCUGGACAAAGGAUGGAGUUCAAAUUACAGAGAGUGGCAAGUUCCAUGUUAAUGCAGAAGGGACACUUGCUAUCAGGGAUAUUGGGCAAGCAGAUGAAGGAAGAUAUGAGUGUGCUGCACGGAAUAUGAUUGGCCAAGCAACAACAAAUAUGUUGCUAAGGGUGACUGUUCCAGAGAGGGGACGAACUGGUGACCACUUUGUUGAGUCUUCCAUUCGUGAAGCCAUUUUUAGCAUUGACAGUGCAAUUAAUUCUACACGGAGGAAACUAUUUAACCAACAGCCACUUAGCCCAAAUGAUCUGCUGGCUUUGUUCCGUUACCCACGGGAUCCCUUUACUGUGGAGGCUGCAAGAGCAGGAGAAAUCUUUGAGCGGACUUUGCAACUGAUACAGAACCAUGUCAAGCAAGGCUUAACUGUGGACUUCAAUGACAUAGACUUCCGCUACAACGAUCUUGUUUCUCCACGUUACCUGGACUUAAUAGCCAAUCUCUCUGGCUGCACAGCGCAUAGGCGAUUCCCAAACUGCUCGGACAUAUGUUAUCACCAAAAAUAUCGAAGCCACGAUGGUACAUGUAACAAUCUCCAGCAUCCAAUGUGGGGAGCGUCACUCACGGCAUUUGAGAGAAUUCUAAAACCAGUUUACGAAAAUGGUUUCAGCCUUCCGAGAGGUACUGAUUCCAACCGCCUAUACAAUGGCCACCCGUUACCACUCCCUCGCCUUGUUUCAACAACAAUGAUUGGGACAGAGACAAUAACUCUAGAUGACAAAUUUACACACAUUCUGAUGCAGUGGGGCCAAUUCCUGGACCAUGACUUAGAUCUAACCGUGCCAGCUCUCAGUAUGUCUCGGUUUUUUGAUGGAGAGUCUUGCAGUUCUGCGUGCAGUAAUGAUCCCCCUUGCUUUCCAAUUAUCAUUCCAGAAAACGAUCCUCGAGUAAAAAAUGCUAGAUGCAUGUUCUUUGUUCGCUCCAGUCCAGUAUGUGGCAGUGGUAUGACUUCCUUAUUGAUGAAAUCAGUAUAUGCCAGAGAACAGAUCAAUCACCUAACAUCAUAUAUAGAUGCAUCAAAUGUAUAUGGUAGUACAGACCGCGAUUCCAUGGAAAUUCGAGACCUUACAAAUCAGCGUGGUCUGUUAAAAGAAGGUGAACUUGUGCCGAGAUCUGGUAAACACAUGUUGCCUUUUGCCACAGGUCAAACUAUAGAAUGCUUGAAAGAUGAAAAUGAAAGUCCAAUUCCUUGCUUCCUUGCAGGAGAUCAUAGAGCGAAUGAACAGGUUGCACUGACAGCCAUGCAUACCUUGUGGUUCCGUGAACAUAAUCGUAUUGCCACUGAACUACUGAGAUUGAAUCCUCACUGGGAUGGCAAUACUGUUUAUCAUGAAGCACGAAAAAUUGUUGGAGCGCAGAUGCAGCACAUCACAUACUACCACUGGCUCCCCAAAAUUCUUGGAGACGUGGGAAUGAAAAUGCUAGGACCCUAUAAUAGCUACAAUCCAAACAUGAAUGGUGCUAUUUUUAAUGCUUUCGCCACAGCAGCUUUUCGGUUUGGUCAUACAUUAAUCAAUCCUAUUCUCCAACGACUGAACAGUUCUUUUCAACCAAUUCCAGAAGGUCACCUUCCUCUUCACAAAGCUUUCUUCUCUCCAUUCAGACUUAUCCAAGAAGGGGGUAUUGAUCCACUUCUCCGUGGCCUUUUUGCAUCGGCAGGGAAAAUGCGAGUCUCUUCAGAGGUUCUCAAUUUGGAAUUGACAGAAAGGCUCUUUUCCAUGGCUCAUGCUGUAGCUUUGGACUUGGCAGCAAUGAACAUUCAACGGGGUCGCGAUCAUGGCAUCCCCCCCUAUUCGGAUUACAGAGUAUUUUGUAAUAUGACUGCUGUUCAGACCUUUGAAGACUUACAAAAUGAGAUUAAGGACGCAGAAGUGAGGGACAAACUAAGAAGGUUGUACGGCAUACCACAGAACAUUGAUCUUUGGCCAGCACUGAUGGUUGAAGAUGUAAUUCCUGGUACAAGAGUGGGACCCACCCUCAUGUGUCUGUUUAUAACUCAGUUCAAAAGGCUGAGGGAUGGUGACAGGUUUUGGUAUGAAAAUCCAGGCGUAUUUACCCCAGCUCAAGUAACACAACUGAAGCAAAGCUCCCUAGCAAGUGUGCUCUGUGAUAAUGGCGAUGAUAUUCAGCAGGUCCAGAAGGAUGUCUUUUUAAAAGCAGAAUACCCCCAAGGGUAUGUGACCUGUGAUGAAAUUCCAAAAAUGGAUUUGCGAUUAUGGCAAGAUUGUUGUGAAGAUUGUAGAGCAAGAGAACAAUCUAAUGCACUUUCACAGCAAUUCCGUAGUAAGCGUUCAUCAGAGUUCAGUUAUCCAGAGGAUAAGCAUGCAAGAGAUUCUACAGACACAUCUGAUAUACAACAAGGAAGGUACAAGCAAGGCUUCAGUAAAUUUUUGAAUUCAACAGUUUUUCCCAGUAAUGACAAGACUCCUCUGGAUUUCAAUGGCUUCGUGGCAGAUGUGCAAAAGACUAUCACUUCCCUUCGGAGCCAGAUCAAUCAACUCGAAUCACGUCUGAAACAGAAUGGCUGCAUGGAUGAAAAGGGAAAUCACAGGAAUGAAAAUGAUCAUUGGAAAAAGGAAGACUGCACUACCUGUUAUUGUAAAAAUGGCCAGGUGACCUGCUAUGUGGAAAAAUGCCCCCGUCUCAAGUGCUCCAAAUCUACCAAAAAGAAAGGGAGGUGUUGCCCUGUCUGCAUGAAGUCAGCAAGUAAAAUUGACCUUUUUGCCUAGUUCUGGAAAAAAGAAUGCAGUACUUGGGGGGGAAAAGACGUGUUUAUCAGCCUCUUGCAAUGUCUACUGAUGUCUGGAUAACAAAGACAGGGAGGGAAUGAACUUUCUGGUCACAUGUUGGCCAUUGCUGGCACACUGCACUAGUCCCUUUGCUCACUUUAAGCAAUGUCUCAUUUGAAAGAAAAAAAAUCAAUUUAAACAAAGGUUAAAUUAGCCCUCUGUAAUGAAUUUAUGGAAUUAUUCAAAUAUUAAACUACUCACAUUGUAAACCUUUUGUAAAAAUUAAAAAAGAAAAUGUUGUGAGUACUCAGCAGGCCGAGCAGCUUCUGAGGGAAGAGAAUUGAAGUUAACUUUACAAUUUGAUGAAUAUAUGUGGUUCUGAUGAAAGCCUGAAAUGUUGAUCUGAUUUUGUAGUUCGUGGUGAAGUAAUGGUGAUCAUUUUAGUCCUUAAAGAAAGCUAACCUCAAACAUCUAGCAACCUCUGUGGCACUGAGGGACUUUCCUUUUCCCAAUGUUGAUUUGAAAUUGGUGCUAUAAUUGAAGAGAACCUCCAGGCAUUCGACAACGCUGAUGCCAAGAAACAGAAUAAGCAGUAGUCAUAUUGAUAUAUUCUCACAGAAAGCAAAUUAGGAACUAAAAUGCACUGAUGAUCCUUCAAUUUUAAUUAAAUUUUAAAU